AUGCAUAUAGAUGCAGCGUGUGCUCCUUUUCUAAUGGACGAUUCCAUUCUAUCCUACGAAAUUGUUAACGAUUAUCAACUACAUGUUUAUAGGAUUUCCCAAGAGAGAGGCCUAAAAUAAUAAAGCCAGAAGAUGAAAUUGGACGAGCUGACGGCACGAAAAUAUCUUCCUCGCCUACGCCUAAAUUCACAUCAAAAAUCGAUCAAGAUCCGGAAUAUAAGUCGAAAUACUUGGAUUAUCAAAGAGACUACCCAGUAUAUCGAAAACCACCGUUGAAUUUGAGAUCAACGUACGCUACUCCGGAGCAUACGCGUUUUGGUAGGCAAGAAUGCAAACGGUAUGACCACGAGUUCACAAGCGAAGUGCGAGCGCAAUAUAUUCCUUAUGGUCACAUACCAAGAGUUGAAACGUUAAAGAUGCCAGCCAAUUUACGUUUAGAGGGUAAUCUUAAUCUAGAGCCGGAAUAUAGAACUGCUUACUGUACAAAACGUGAGAGUCAGUUACAAGACGAACCAAGAACGCAUUGUCGACGAGAUCGUAGUCUGAGCGCUUCCAAACGAAAAGAGAAUUAUUGGAUUAAUAACGCGGAGCAAUUUGGCUUCACAAAUGCUGCCCAAGAUCAAGACGCAUUUCAAGUAUUGAAUACUCGAGUUCACGAAGAUAAUGUCUGUGGGAAACCACCAACAGGUAGUCGAAGGUCUGUAUUUCAAAGUUCUGUUAGAUUUCAGAGUUCAAAAUCUUCGCAUAUGCAAAGGCAAACACAGGUAGAUAUGUCAGAAUAUAACAAAGUAAAGAAUAGAUCGACUAGCCCAACUUACCGACUUCAUGUCUGUAACGUCGAUGAUGAACCAAGAGGUUUCCGAAGCAGACGUUCGCCAUCGCUUCAGUCUUCCGGAAGGACGCGCAAUCCUUCACCAGAUUAUGUACUUCAAAAUAAUGCUGUCAGGCCAUAUUCUCCUAGUUUUGGUAAAAGCACCAAGCAACAACAUUCUAAUGGCCAGUCGUUUGUUAUUUUGGACAAUGGGAUCUUUGACACAAAUAAAAAUGAAAUUCGCAGAAAGCAAACGGACAGAAAUUACAAUAUUGAUGGUACUCCUCCUAUUUUUAAAGGAAGAGCGAAAACUCCAGCAAAUUGGAUGCCACCGUGGUAUGAUAGUACAAAUACUAUCUAA